UCAGACAGACUUCAGAGACAAGUGCCCCUUUGUCCUUCUCCUCUGUAGGAUUCUCUUGUCUUCUCUUCUCUUCUCUUCUGGUAUUAGCAAAGAUCGAAGAUUCUUUUUACUUUGGAAUUCCUGAAAUUGGGUCAAAAAGAUGGGUAACGCGCUUACGUUUCUCUACGGAAAAUGCUGCAAACCCACAACGACCGACGAGUCUCUCGCUCCUCACAGCGUCUCCGCUUCUACCGUCGGUGUCUCAGCUCUCGCUCACGACCUUUUCAACUUCGAGAACACUUCCCAGGUUCCUCAAGGGCUUGGGAGGUAUGUUCAAUCGUCCAGAAAAGCUCAAGCAAAAUGGUAUAGAAAGAUACUUGAGGCAUGGAAGCAAGCCAAACCUCCACCACAGACAGCAGAGGAAGCUACUAGGCUUGUUACUGAGGUGUUACAAAGGAAUCAGAAAGCUGAUGUUGAGGGACUUUUGUCCUUUUAUGGACUCCCUUUGCCUCACACUCUGGUUGAGCACUCUACUCAAGGAGCUCCUGUGUCUUUGCCUGAAGGGAUUCUUUUCGAAUUUCAAACGCUUCCGGCUUGUGUAAUGGAAAAUAAGGUUGAUCCAAAAGCUGUGGCAGAUGGAGACACCAUCACAGUGUAUGUCAGUACUUCAGAGCCGGUCGUGGCAUCUUCUGUUCCUAAGGAAGUCAAUCUUGCUGCGGUUCAAAGAGCAAAAGCACGCGAGCAGAGGAAUUACCCAAAAGCAGAUGAACUUCACCAAAAGAUCAUUGAUUCUGGUUACAGGGUACUAAAUAUAAAGAAUGAGGAAGUGCUUGCUCGGAAGUUCAGAAUUAGACUAAAGGGAAUAGAUGCUCCGGAGAGCCAAAUGCCGUUUGGGAAAGAGUCACAACAAGGGCUUCUUAAGAUUGUUCAAUGGAAAAGCUUGAAGGUGUUAGUUUAUGGAGAAGAUCAAUAUGGACGAUGCUUAGGUGAUUUAUACUGCAAUGGGAUUUUUGUACAGGAGGAAAUGCUAAAGAAAGGUCUUGCUUGGCAUUACAUAGCUUGUGAUAAACGCACCGUUCUCGCAAAGUGGGAAAAGGAGGCAAGACAGAAACGCAUUGGUUUGUGGGCUUCUUCCAAUCCAGAGAAGCCAUGGGACUGGAGAAAGAACAAUAGGCGUGAAUAGACACAAUUGACUCUGCUUGGAUAUAAACGCAAACUGAAGAAAUCAGCCUUUAAAACAUUCAGAGAGAUUUCAGAUUUAUGAUUAUUGAGGUUUUUUUUUUUUUUUUUUCUAAUUCUACUAGCGCAUUCCAUUGUAAGUGACUAAGUGGUGUGUAACAUUUAUUUGAUAAAACAUUAUUGAACCUAAGUAGAAAAUCUAUAUAAUAAUAAUAAUCCGAAUAAAUGCGACCAA